CUGUGCUCUUUCACAAAAGCUCUCAACCUAUAACCUAUAUACUUAUUAUGGACACAGUAUGCUUUACAUUAGGCAAAAUGUUAUUUCCAUCAUGGCUGAUGAUUCGAGACCAACAUUAGGAUACUACGGAGAUCCUGUUGUGAAGUCACCAAACAUUGAUCAACUCUCUAAAAGCAAUGUCUUUCUCAACGCAUAUGCCCAGCAAGCAGUGUGUGCACCAAGUCGGACCUCCUUACUAACAAGUCGUAGACUUGACACAACCAAGUUAUAUGACUUUAACUCCUACUGGAGGGCAGGUAACUACACAACUCUCCCCCAGUACUUCAAGUCAAAGGGCUACACCACUAUGUCAGUUGGGAAGGUCUUUCAUCCAGGCAUAGCCUCCAAUCACUCAGAUGAUUACCCGUACAGCUGGUCUGUACCGCCUUAUCAUCCUCCAUCUUUCAAAUAUGGAAAUAGGAAGGUUUGCAAGGGAAUUGAUGGCCAACUGCAUGUCAACCUGCUGUGCUCGAUGAAUGUGUCAGAAACCCCUCUGGAGACACUACCAGACAUGGAGAGCACAGAGGAGGCCGUCAGACUGCUCAAGUCCACAAGGGAUUUUGACUAGCACUUCUUUCUGGCUGUUGGAUUCCACAAACCUCACAUUCCCUUCAGAAUCCCACAGUUUGAGACACACUUUCGUAUUCCUCUGGCUCCUUCCUGUCCCUGUGACAAUCAUUCUCCCACAGGACAGAUUGGUGCAAGAGAAGUUUGUUCUCUACUAUGUAACAUUGUUAUUCCCAGUGUAGUACAUUAUAUGUUGAUGGGUUGUGACUCUACCUUACUCUCCUCCACAGGAGGAACAGUGAGGAACGUGAAUGAGCUGCUAGAUGUCUUCCCCACAGUGUCCAACCUGGCUGGGCUGAAGCCCCCACACCCCUGUCUUGAUGACUCCUUCGACGUGGAGCUCUGUACCGAGGGAGACAACCUGGCCUACACCUUCAAGCACCUAGAUGACAGCAUGGACUUGGAGUCCAUCGCCUGCAGCCAGUACCCUCGGCCUGCAGACACCCCCCAGGAGAACUCUGACCUACACAACCUGAAGGACAUUCGGGUGAUGGGCUACUCUCUGACCUCCUGGGACUACCGCUUCACCCUGUGGGUGGGCUUCGACCCUGCUAGCUUCCAGACUGACCUGGUGGUCCACGCUGGGGAACUGUACCUCAUGGAGAGAGACCCAGGCCAGGACCACAACCUGUACAACGGCUCUGAACACAGCCUUCGACUCCGCAAGCUGGGCCAGGGCUAUCAUCAGCUGCCCUGGGCCCAGACCCUCAAACAACACCUCUACCUCACUGCAGAGACUAAAUCUAAAGGGAUGGCAUGAUGAUGCCUUGUUUGGAUAAUUAACUAUUUAGAAGGGAAUAUCUGAAUUGUUGCUAUAUUCAUAAGGGACUCAACAUUGUGUGUCCCAUUAUGUAUCCCCUGUAGCUCAGUUGGUAGAGCAUGGCGCUUGCAACGCCAGGGUUGUGGGUUUGUUUCCCACGGGGGGCCUGUAUGUACUCUGGAUAAGAGCGUCUGCUAAAUGGCUAAAAUGUAAAUGUAAACAUUUUCCUUCUAGGCAAGCGCCUGUAAUUAAGAUUUUGAUUUUCCCACAGUUACUAUAAAGGCACUUAAUGUAGUUUGUAGUUAACCAUUAGGAUAUUAGUUGCUGCUGUUAUUGUUAAAACCUGUCGUAUCUACAGUACGUAGGUUUUUAGGCACACGCAUUGUCUUAGCGUUUCAUCUUUCUGAAUAUGGGUGGUCAAAUUCAGUGGCAAGAAUUUGACUCCAGCUCUAAAUAGAACCUAACUGAGCUCCAUGGAAACCACUAAGGUGAAAAGGGAUCUGUGGGAGUUAUCAGUGUGCUAAGUUUGAUCAAAUCACAGAUGAGACCAG